AUGGCCAUCAUUGCCGAGACCAAAACUGCCCCCACCAGGCUUUUGAUGGUCUCCAUCCCCCGCACAGCAUCCAAUCUGCUUCUGCGAAUCCUGAAUAUCCCCAAGCAGCCCAAUCUGCUGACUACCCCGAAGGGCGGUUACUUCUUCUACCAAGCUUUCCUCGACUCAACCCAAAAUGGCAGCUUGCAAAAUAGACCCGCAGAUCAGUGGACAGAAGAAGAGAAGAGCUCCGUGAGGAGCAGCUGCCAGAACUGUUUCGACAGCUUAGAAGAAUGGUCCUCUCGCGCUGAACAAAGUGAGCAAGUCAUGUUCACUAAGGAGCAUGCCUACUGGCUUUUCAGUCCUGCCACCUUCUUGAAAUCAACGACUGGUCAUCAUGAUGAGGACUUCUUCAAGUCAUUCCAUAUUCAACUCCCCGAGAAGUACGGCAACACCCAGACAUACUCCCCAUCGAACGAAACCAUGUUCCCAGACGAGUACCUCCGCACAUGGCAGAUGGUCUUUAUCAUCCGCCACCCAGCAUUGGCAUGGCCAUCCAUGUACCGCGCAAUGCAGAAGCUGAGUAACCAAGGAAUCCUCGACGAUGACGGCGUGAGGGGCACAUCGGUCACAAAUAUGAGCAUGCGCUGGACCCGCUUGAUGUAUGACUGGUGCAUGGAGCAGCCGGAUGCCCCAGUCCCGCCUCCUGUGGUCGAUGCUCACGACCUGAUCCACAACCCGGAGAUUGUGCUCGAGCUUUGCGAGAAGACUGGACUGGAUAAGAGCGUGGUGCAAUUUGAAUGGAAGAAUGAAACGAAGUCCCAACAUUGGGCGUGUCAUAAGCCAAACGCUGACUCCAACGAGGUGAAGAUGCACCAGUCAGCUGCUCAAGUUAUGCUCUCCACGUUGGAAGACUCAGCGGGUAUCGUCAAGGAUAAGGCCCCGCAGACUAUUGAUAUCUCCGCGGAAGCGGCGAAGUGGAGAGAUGAAUUUGGCGUGGAGGUUGGCGACCUUAUCGAGAAAUGUGUGCACGAUUCGAUGCCGGAUUAUGAGUAUCUGAAGGCUCGACGCAUCGCUCCUUGA